AUGGCAAAUUCAAAUGGUUUAGCUGUUGGUUUAGCCGUUGGUAUUCCAUCAUUUAUUGUGAUAUGUUUAGUUGGUAUAUUUUGGUAUAGAAAUCAAAGAAGACAACAAAAGGAAGAUUAUCAAAAUCAAAAUUUCGAUAAAGAAUUAGAAGAAGAAUUUAAUCUGUUUCAUGAGGUAUUACAUCAAGAUGUCAAAGAUAAAUCAAAUAUCAAUAAUAUUCAUACUUCCACCAACCAAGUAGAUUCAACAGGUUCAGAAUCAUCAACAAGUAAAACAAAACAUCAAACAACUUAUGAUUUUUAUGAAACUUUUAUUCCUGUUUUUCGAAAUCAACAAGAAGAUAUUAUACACAAUCAAUCUAAUCAUAGAAAUUUAACAAAUCAUACAAAUCAUACAAAUCAUACGAAUCAUACAAAUACAAAUCAUACAAAUCAUACAAAUGCAAAUCAUACAAAUCAUACAAAUCAUACAAAUCAUACAAGAUCAAAUUCUUCAGUAAUUAUAAACCAUCAUUAUAACAAUUCACAGGAUUUGGCUAAGCAAUUAAAUAAUCCUGUAUUUUUUGAAAAACUACCUAGAAAAGCUACACAAGAACACAUAUAUAUAAAACCAAGAUAUCCAUCGCAAUCAAAUACAAAUAAUGCUUCAAGUAGUGAAUUUGUAAAUAAUUAUUUAUUAGGUGAUACUCAUGCUAUAAAUGAACAUUAUCAAUAUGAAGCAGGUUUUGUUGGUAAUAAAAUAACGCCGGGCGAAAAUAAUAUAGAAUCAGCUUUUGAUCAAAAUAUAACUACAACACCACCAUUAAAUGAGAGUAGUAGUAAGGAAUCAAAAGUUAUACCGCCAGUUGUAUUUCAAUAG